AAAAAAUAAAACACUGGGAAAAAAUGGGCGGGUCGGAAUGAAGAAAAGGAAAACACAAGAAACGGCGGUAGCAUCAACACAAAUAAAUAGCUUCUUUAAGCACCUCGUUCGAAUCGCAAUCAAUCCCAUCGAUCCAUUGAUCUUCCUGGGGUUAAAUUUCCGGCCGAGCCCCAUUUUCCAAAGUCGUUGAAUCCAAAAUAUCGACAUUUCGGGAGGAGAUUAGGUUGAUUUGGACGCCUAGGGUGACUUCAGAAAAUUCUGCCAACAGCUUUAGGCCAAUCGCAGGUAGCUAGAGGUAAACGCCGCAAUUGAUCGAGUUCAGGGGUUUCAGAAUGGACGGGAUAAUGAGCAAGCUGAGGAACUUAGAUGCGUACCCGAAAAUCAACGAGGAUUUCUAUAGUCGUACGCUUUCUGGCGGCCUUAUCACCCUCGCCUCAUCGGUUCUCAUGCUUCUUCUUUUCAUCUCGGAGCUUCGAUUAUACUUGCAUACUGUCACUGAGACAAAGCUCGUGGUCGAUACUUCAAGGGGAGAAACUCUUCGUAUCAAUUUUGAUGUCACUUUUCCUGCCCUGCCAUGCUCUAUUCUAAGUCUUGAUGCCAUGGACAUAAGCGGAGAGCAACAUCUUGAUGUGAAACAUGACAUUAUUAAGAAGAGAAUCGACUCUCACGGCAAUGUAAUAGAAGCACGGCCCGAUGGAAUUGGUGCUCCUAAGAUUGAAAAACCUUUGCAGAAACAUGGUGGGAGGCUUGAGCACAACGAAACUUAUUGUGGUUCAUGCUUUGGUGCUGAAGAGUCAGAUGACCAUUGUUGUAAUACUUGUGAAGAUGUCCGUGAAGCAUAUCGAAAGAAGGGCUGGGCGCUGUCAAAUCCAGAUUUGAUUGACCAGUGUAAAAGAGAAGGUUUUCUUCAGAGAAUCAAAGAGGAAGAAGGUGAAGGAUGUAAUGUGUAUGGGUUUCUGGAGGUUAAUAAGGUGGCUGGUAAUUUUCAUUUUGCACCAGGGAAGAGCUUUCAACAAUCAGGAGUUCAUGUUCAUGAUCUCCUGGCAUUUCAGAAAGAUACCUUCAAUGUUAGUCACCAUAUCAAUAGGCUAACUUUUGGAGAAUAUUUUCCUGGGGUUGUGAAUCCUCUUGAUGGUGUACAUUGGAAUCAAGAAUCUCCAAGUGGGAUGUACCAGUAUUUUAUCAAGGUCGUACCUACAGUGUACACUGAUGUCGGUGGCCAUACAAUCCAAUCCAAUCAGUUUUCUGUAACUGAGCAUUUUAGGAGUGCGGACGCUGGUCGUCUUCAGUCCCUCCCUGGAGUGUUCUUCUUCUAUGAUCUUUCUCCAAUUAAGGUUACAUUCAUGGAGGAGCACGUCUCGUUCUUGCAUUUCUUAACCAAUGUUUGCGCUAUAGUUGGAGGGGUUUUCACGGUUUCUGGGAUAUUGGAUUCAUUUAUCUACCACAGUCAAAAGGCAAUAAAGAAGAAGAUGGAGCUUGGUAAAUUUAGCUGAUAGCACCAAUGUUGUCUUAAUGGCGCUCGCUGAAAAGAGUUCUGGGGGUUUGCCGAUGCCAGCAAUUGCCUAAUCUUGGGAGAAAAGAUUCCUAAAUUUAAAGGAUUUGAUGGUAGGGUUUUGUUUGGAUCAGAUCCAAGUGUAAUUGUGUAUUUAUUCCGUUCUGCUAUGGGUUCAUACUUGAGAGAGAUCGCGACAGGCUGAAAUGCCUCCAUAGUUCUUCUGUUACAGUUUUGUUUGUAUGACAGUAGUAGCCUAGUAGGCACAGAGAAAGGCAGGGAUACAGCGACUAGCUACACUAAUUGAUGAUGAUGGGCGUUCCAUUUACUUCAGCAAAAGCAAGUUGGAAACAAUUCCUUUGCGAGGAUAUGAAUUGUUUUGUAGAUGUGAUGUGGAUUGUGGUGAAGUGAUGUGAUGGUAGGAAUCCGGAAGAUUCAUGAGGCGGACCAAAGAAGAGGAGUGCGGUGUAUAACCUUAGCUUAUCGAGUCGUGAAUCGGGAGCAAGAGCGGGAGAGCGUCUAUUUUUUGUGAAUUGUAUUUUGAGAGCGUAUAGAGAGCGUUUAUAUUAUAAUACUUUACAUUAAUAUAUUAUGUCAUAUCCUAAAGACAAAAUACACUUGCAUAGCCAAAACUAUCACCUUUGUGUCACUUAUAGCCAAAUUUGGCGAAAUACCACUAAUAGCCAC